AUGAGACUUCUCAAGUCUCAGAAGAGUCCUGAUGUUUGCUGGCCAUUGGAUGAUAAUAAUGUUGCAAAUGAUGCAUCUACAGAAUUUGAUCUUGUAGAUCAUUCUGGCAGUAUGGUUCUAGAUCUUGGCUCUGCUCGAAAUCCUAUUAGUUUCACUUUUACUUAUUUGGUGCCUGUGUGUUUUAGAUGCCAUUUCAUCUGGCAGUAUGGUUCUAGAUAUUUGUUCGUUAGAUGUGACAAUGAACCAGCUCCAUGGAUUGCUGAUAUUCUGAAAGCACUACACGACUUGCUUCCAAAUCAAGCAGAGGGUAGUCAAGCUUAUAUACUGGACGACAUUAUCGACCAUGUUAAAUAUUUGCAGCUUCAAUUAAAGGAACUAAGUGGAAGUAGACUACAAGCUGAAUCAACUGCUAUACCACUGGUUUUCCAUGAGGGUUAUGGGCAUUAUAUUGACCAGCAGAAGCUGAAUGAACCACUUGAAGAGAUGAUGGGGAAACUUCUUGAAGAGAAUCCUGCAUCUGCCAGUCAGCUGCUGGAGAACAAUGGUCUUGUCCUGCUGCCUAUGGAGUUGGUUCAAGACUUGUACCAAUCCAUGCAAAUCUUCGGCAACAGCAAUGCACUUGUCUGAGUUCGACUUGUCCGGCCGGCAUGCACCGUAAAUAUCAGAGACAAUUUGACAACAUUAGUAGCUUACUAGCUCUAGGUAUUAGUAUAUGAUCAUCAUUUGAAUUGAAGCCUAGCUUAUCUGGAAAAACCAAUUAACCAUGGCUUUUAAUUU